GAGCGACUUCUCGCCCAGAUCGGGGACCAACAAUGGCGAGCAGCAGCAACAAUGACGAGGGCAAGGCCAUCAAUGGCUCGGCAUUGGCUCCUCCUCUCGUACCGGUCAACAAUGUCUGGCUCUCUGACCUCAGCGCGAGGAUCCGGUCGAGGCCGAUUCCAUGGGAGGGCUAUGCGCGCGCCGAGCUCGUAUCGCAGGAUGAGCUUCGCAUGAUCAGGUCCGUUGACGAUGCUGGCCACCAGAACGCGGCGUCUUCCAAGGCUUCAGACGAGCUGCUUGACAGCCAGGGCGACAAUUACGCAAUCCUUUUCGUCAGGCUCUUGGCCAAGCUGACGAGGACCGAUACGCUUCAGCAGGUCCUUGUCCUCGUAAGCGAUAUGCUCGACGGAAGGGACGACCGGGCAACGCUCUUCUUGAAUGUCAAAGGUGAUAACAAGAACAAUGUUUGGCCGUGGGCUCCUUUGAUCAAACUCUUGGACGUCAAGGAUGACUUUUCGCAGCUCAAAGCAGCUCAGUUCCUGACGCUGCUCCUCGUAUCCGAUGCACACACUGAGCCUCCUGCCGAGGUGCUGCCCCGACUGCUUUCCUUCCUGUCGUCGCUCGUCAACAGCGGCGUGCCCCAGGCCUCUCCGGCCGCCAUGGCGCCGGGCUCUGGCGUGCUUGCUCCUCCACAGGCCCAGGGCGGGUUUGCCGAGGGGAACGGCGUCGAUGUGGCGAUCCAGCUGCUCGAAGCCUUGUUGAGGAACAACAAAUACAGGAAGCUCGUUUGGAACGAUGAAAUUCGAAAGAUGGGCGAGACAGCAAAAGACGAUGGAGAGAACGGGGGUGACGAGAUGACCAUCAUCGUGGGGCUAAGGAGCAUUCUGAGGGCUAGUGCUACCCCCACGUCGCGAGCCGCGAGCGGGACAUCCACGCCCAACACAGGUGCGGCCAGCAUCAGCAGCAGCAGCAGCAGCACGGCUGCCACACUCGUCGCAGGAGUGCCAACGAGGGGACCGACAUCGAUGGGUGGCGGUGUCGGCGUGCAGAUGGUGUACCAGGUCGUCUUUUGCAUCUGGCUCCUCUCAUUCGACGAUGCCAUUGCCGCUCAGCUCAAUACCAAGUUCGGCCUUGUGGCCCUAUUGGCAGACGUGGCGCGCAACGCCAUCAAGGAAAAAGUGGUGCGCGUCAUUGCAGCUACGCUGCGCAACCUCGUCGAAAAGGCGCCCUCGUCCAACGCGCCCGCUCUGCUGGGAAGCCGAGGACUGGCCCUGAUGGACUCGCUUGCCGCGAGAAAGUGGUCCGACGAGGAGAUACCCGAGGACGUGGAGGCGGUGAGGGCUGUUCUGGCGGAGAAGCUCAAGGGCAUGAGCACCUACGACGAAUACAUCUCCGAGCUGGCCUCUGGCAGGCUCAGCUGGGACAACCCAGCGCACGGCCUCGACGACUUCUGGAGAGACAAUGCGACGACACUCGUCAACGACACCGAGUCGGGCGCUGACGAGGGCCAGAAGGAACAGGGCGGCUUCAAGCUCUUGGUGAAGGUGCUGACGGAGAGCGACGAUGCACAAAGCCUCAGCGUAGCAUGCAACGACAUCACAAAAGUAGUCACAUUUGCAGAAGGAGGAAAGAGACGAGUCGAAGAGGCAGGCGCAAAGGCGAGAAUCAUGGAACUCAUGACGCACCCAAACGCAGACGUUCAGUACCGUGCCCUCGCUGCCGUCAGCCGUCUCGUAUCGGGCAGCUGGAGAGGUUAAUAGUUAUUUGCAUGUCAACCACACGUCAGAAUUGCUGUCUUUGUUUCUUUCCAAUGUCAUGUUCCUAUUGUCUAUCG